ACGCGCGCGCGCGCACGGAGAACCGAUCAGAGCGACACUGGCGAUGAGAUGAAGCGAGCUCAGAUGAGAAGAGGAAGCUGUGUUCUUCAGGAGCCACUGCUCGUCUGGAUCCAUGUGCUGAAACACUGAUCUGCUCUCAGCUUUACUGGAGGUUAGCAUCGGACACACCUGCGCGCGCACACAGGUUUUCUGAUGGCUCUGCUCGUGCUGCUGCUGCUGGGCUCGGUGUCAGGCUCGGCCCCGGGGCCCCAGUGGCCCCUUCAGCGUGUGCCUGUGGUUUGGCCCCAGCGGACAGAGGAGCGUCCAGCGCCUCACUUCCUGCGGCCCGCUCAGCUGGAGCUCAACACUUCCUGUGGCCCCGAGUGCCACAAACAGGCCCCUGCUCCCAGCUACUGGGCCCUGCGUCAGUUCCUGUCCUACGAAACGCUGCACUCCAGCGGCCAGCUGACCGAGACCGCGGUGGGCAUCUACGGGUUUGAUGCCGAGGCCUUCUACAGCCCCCCCGCCGGCCGCUCCAGACGCAGACGCCAGAUCUUCGGUCCAGACAGCCGCUUCAGUAUCGUCGGCCAGGACUUCCUCAUGAACUACCCCUUCUCCACCGCGGUCAAGCUGUCCACCGGAUGCUCGGGGACGCUGGUGGGGGACCGGCACGUCCUCACGGCAGCACACUGCAUUCACGACGGAAAGAACUACGUCAAAGGAGCCCAGAGGCUGAGAGUGGGCUUCCUGAAGCCACGGCAGAGAGAGAUGUCCGGCAGAAACAGCUCUGGAGCAGGGAAGAUGAAGUUCCAGUGGAUCCGAGUCAAGCGCACACACGUGCCCAAGGGCUGGAUCACCAACACUGGCUCAGCCAAUGACAUCGGCAUGGAUUACGACUACGCCCUGCUGGAGCUGAAGAAGGCGCACAAGCGGAGGCACAUGAAGCUGGGCAUCAGCCCCGCGGUCAAGCAGCUGCCCGGGAGGAGAGUGCAGUUCUCUGGGUUUGAUAACGACCGGGCGGGUCAGCUGGUGUACCGCUUCUGUGAGGCCGGGGACGAGACCUACGACCUCCUGUACCAGCGCUGCGACGCUCAGCCGGGGGCCAGUGGCUCCGGGGUCUAUGCUCGCAUGUGGAACCGCAGACGCCGGCGCUGGGAGCGUAAGGUCAUCGGGAUCUUCUCCGGACACCAGUGGGUGGACCUCAGCGGCAAGCCUCACGAGUUCAACGUGGCGGUGCGCAUCACUCCGCUCAAGUUCGCCCAGAUCUGCUACUGGAUCAAGGGAAACUACGUGGACUGCAGAGAAGGCUGACCGCAGCGGAGCGCUUUGCUUUCUGUCCCUUAGCACAUAAGAUACUCUAUUAUUUCAUGCAGGAAAGUUGCACAGACCAAAAUAUGCUUCAAUAACUAAUAAACCACUUAAUUCUUAGUUUUUUUAACACUUGUUUAGCCUCGUGCAAAAGAACAGAGUCAAACCAGUGCCAUACAUACUUGCAAAAGAACUGAUUUGAUUUGGGAAAAACCACACAAAACCAGCACUUUUUUGCUUAGCAAAAUGUAUUUUAUUUUUUGCAAUACUUCAAUCCUGCUCAAGUAUAUGUGGCAUUGACUUAACUCCAUACAAAAGUAUAAAGUAAGGUUCUCUACUGACAGCCGUUCUAUAAUAGCACAUAUCAUUAUAAUAUAGUGGAAGGGUCAGGAGUGCUCAGGACAGUCGUCGGUGAAGGACUGGAGACAGAAAGGCACGGACAUCAGCUUGUUCUGUUCGUAGGACUGCUGCGGUCUCGAUUUUCUCUAAUGUACUGAAGUGUGAGGUGCUUGCUUCUCUGGAAAUUGAGAACUACUGUAUGAGAUACUGCUUUUACAGGCGUGUGCUUCCCUCUGGUGGUCAGAGACUGUUCUGCAGAGGUCUACACACAAACACACUGUAAAUCAAACACAUGAGUGGAUAUCAGCUCCCGAUCAGCACUUUGACAUUUAUUCAUUCAAUGGCACUAAUCAUUUGGAGAAUUUUAAUGCCCUUUGUUAUGCACAACACAUUAAAAGCUUUGGCAAAAAAAUAAAAGCACCAGUCAUGAAUGAGAAUAACUGCUGGAACUGCUCAGAUUAGACAUUCAUGUGUGUGAUCCACAACUGAUUGUUUUUGUAAAGGCACAACGCUUGUUCAGCUCUUAUUUCACCCGAACAUCGAGAGAAAAUGGAGCUUAUUUUUAAGGCACUUUGAAAUGAAGCAUCUCUCAAAUUCUCAUGACUGUAAUAUGAAAAACAAAUAUAGCAUCUUUAUAUAAAGAAUAUCUAACUGG